CUACUUAACUUGCAGACGACAGACGGCUAAGUUGUAAACACGUGCCAGGCUUUUUGUGAAUUAAGUUUACACGUAAAUGUUGUCCGUUUGCCUUUUUAAUUGAACGUCAUUCUCGUGUCAUUUUGAACAUUCAUCUCAGCUGAAAAUGGGAAAAUUCAAUGCAAAGUUUGGUGGUGGUAAAGGUGGUAUGAAGAAGAAACCUUUUAUUAAAAGAAAUCAGCAAAAACCAACUGAUGGAGCUGUCAAAAAAGGAGAAGAAAAGACAACUGCUAAGCCUCUGCCACAGAAACUAAAUCCUUUUGAAGUUAAAGUCAACAAGCAGAAAUUUCAAGUCCUAGGUAGGCCCACCAAGCAUGAAAGAGGUUUACCUGGAGUCUCACGAGCAAGAGCAUUGGAAAAAAGAAAGAACACAUUGUUGCUUGAACACAAGAACAAAUUCAGAUCUAAUAAGAUGAUUGACAAGCGACUUGGAGAAAAAAAUCCAACUCUUUCUGUUGAAGGUAAAAUGGAAAUGAGGUUUCUUGCAGAGAAAAUUAAGGGUCAGAACAAGAAAUCCAAAUUUUUACUUGGUGAUGAUGAAGUGUUGACUCACAGAGGCCAAACUCUGGCUGACAUUGAAAAGUUUGAUGACCCAAGGAGUGAUGAUGAUGAAGAUGACGAGGAAAGACUGGGAAAAUCUUUUGUGUCUGAUGCUCACUUUGGAGGUGGUGUUUUAAAGAUGGGUGACGAAUCAGAAGAAACACGUCAAAAUCGAGAGACUUUAAUUGACAAUCUUAUCGCCGAGUCUAAAAAACGUAAAGAAGAACGACAGAAAGAAAAAGAAGAAACUGAUGAUUUGACCGAUAAACUUGACAUGGAGUUCAAAGAUGUCUUGGACGUUAUUGCUACAAUUAAAACUCCCAAGAAAAGUGAAGAGACACCUCCCAAGUUACCUGAUUCAGCCUAUGAUAUUCUUGUAAGAGAAUUGCGCUUUGAUCCGAGAGUGAAGCCAGGCGAUAAAUUGAAAAGUGCUGAUGAAAUAGCAAGAUUAGAGAAGGAGAAGCUAGAAAAACUAGAAGCUGAUCGCCUAAAACGAAUGAAAGGAGAAACUGAAACCAAAGUAAUUCCUCAUCGGAGUGCCGAUGAUCUUGAUGACGGUUUUUCCUUUGUUCCCCUGGAGCCGGAAACGAAAACUUUAUCGUUUGGAAUGAAUGAAAGAGAUGAUGCGAUUUCGCCAGAACCUGCAAACGAAGAUGACAAUUCCGAAGAAGAAGAUGGCGACGAGGAUGACGAAGAUAGUAAUUCUGAUGGUGAAGACAGUUAUUCCGACCUGGCUUCUAGUAAUGAUGAAGAAGAAGAGCAGGAGGAUGUUGAAACGAAAUCAGUUGAAGGGAAAGUUGAUGUGCAAAACAAUAAAAAGAAGGCUGGAGAAAUACCCUUUGUAUUCAAAGUUCCUGAAGAGUACGAAGAGUUCCACCAACUGUUGCAGUCAUAUAGCGAUGCGGAUCAACGAACUGUUCUCGACCGGAUGAUCAAAUCAAACCAUCCUGCUCUGACGGGUACCAACAAGGCCAAAAUGGAAAAAGUGUUUGCCUUCUUAAUGCAGUACAUCCACGACAUAGCGUCAGGCGACACUUUAAAUUUGUUGAACAAUAUCGUACCCGUUGUGUUUGACUUAACCCAACUAGUACCAUCUAGCAAUAUUGCAUCAACGUUGUUGGAUGUCCUUCAAGAAAAAAGAGAGGAGCUUUCUUCUCUGGGGAAAAAGCGACCUGUUUCCAUAGCAACGCUUGUUUUCCUUAAGUUGACCGCCCUUAUCUUUCCUGCAUCUGACUUUCGGCAUCCAAUUACUACACCGGCCUUUCACGUACUCGUUGAGGCACUCUCAAGUCCAGUCACCAAUCUUCAGAUCGCUCAUAUGGGACUUAGUUUAUGUGCAGUAGCUUAUGAGUAUGUGGGCUUCAGUAAACGAUACAUCCCGGAAGUUCUUCACUAUCUUCAUGGUCUAGUUGAACUGGCAAUACCUCGUCCAUCUCAUGUGGCUGCACAUCAUUUGGUGCAUCCAUUUCGUCCAGUCGGAGUGGAAUCACAGCUUCUGGUUUUAACCAGUGAUGAUGCCAAAUCAGAAAUUCCAGAACGGCUCAAACUUAUAGAAACUGAAUUCAACGACCAAUUCCGUGCAACUGCAUUAUGGGUUACUGUCCGUCUGAUUGCUGAUUUCUUAGGUUUGUGGAAUGAACUCCCAUCAGCCAUAGAUAUUUAUCAUCCCAUAUUGGAAAGCCUACGCAAGCUUCCAAUGGAUCGCUACAACAGUCAAAUCCAGGAGUCCGUCAAAAGCCUUACAACUGAUAUAGAGCAGUUAGCAAGCAGGACAAGAAAACGUUUAGUUCACGAAGCUAAGAAACCCAAACCAUUGCGGUUAUAUGAACCGAUCAUCGAUGAUCACUUUGAAGGGCGGAAGAAAAGAGUUGGUUCAAAAGAAAAACUGGAACGUGAUAAAUUGCAACACAAAAUUAAGCGGGAGAUGAAGGGAGCCAUACGAGAGAUUCGCAAGGACAAUGCAUUCAUCGCUAGAGAGAAGCUCAAAGAGCAAAUAGAAAAGGACAAUCAGCGCAAACGCAAAGUUAAGGAAUUGCUAGGAUCUCUGUCUAACCAGGAAGGAGAAGUCCGAAAGCUGAAGAAACCGAAGAAGAAAUAAUUUCAACUUGCUUGACUAUUUUCUUUGAAUAAAUUUUUUUUUCUUUUCCUAUAA